AUGUCCAAGCAGCUAAGCUCUAAAAAAAGUCUAUUUUUAAAUUUAAGUGUAAUUUUGCAGGAUGGCAGUCAAAUAAGUGCAAGAGCAUCUCCAGAAACCGGAGACUGUCUUCAGCCCACCACAGCAGCAGUCGUCCAGGCCCCAGCAAAACCUUCUCUCCUGCAACCAGCUGACCUAGUGCCUCACAAAACCUUAGCAGUAGGAUCAACGGAUGUGCACAUCACCUCUCAAACAGCUACCACAAUAAACAUUCCAGCAACGACCUCAGUAACUACAAAAUACAUCCCAUCCACCAGACCAGUUACCCACACGCUAGUCACAACCCAGGCCACACCCAGUAACUCACACUCGGCUCCUCCAGGUACUGAGGCCACAAUUGGGCCCAGCUUAGCUCCUCAGUCACCACCAUCCAGCCCCACCCAACCAGCCCGGACAACUGGGACCAGUCCAUCAGUCAUCAGCCGCACAACUGGGAAAACCACCCAACCCAGUAACCAGACCGCCCUUCCAGCAACUUUGUCUACGGCACUACACAAAAGCACAACCAGUCAGAAGCCUAGCCAAACCACGCAGGCUCCAGGGACCACGACAGUCACACGCAAUGCCACCCAGACAGCCUCUCCUGCCCCCAUAGUUCCUGGGACCACCCUUGUACCUCAGCCGUCUUCAGCCAAGACUGGAGUUUAUCAAGUUCGAAAUGGAAGCAGGCUCUGCAUAAAAGCAGAGAUGGGGAUAGAGCUGGUUGUUCAAGACAACGAGUCGGUUUUUUCACCUCGGAGUUACUUCAACAUCGACCCCAAUGCAACCGAAGCCUCUGGGAGGUGUGGUUCCCGAAAAUCCAAGCUUCUCUUGACUUUUCAGGAUGGAUUUGUGAACCUCACAUUUACCAAGGAUGAAAAGUCGUAUUAUAUCAGUGAAGUGGAAGCCAGUUUGACCAUCUCAAAUCCAGUGAAAACAUACCGAGGAUUGAAAAGUGCUGUGGUGAUGUUUGAGACAAUGGUGGGACAUUCCUUCAAGUGUGUGAGUGAACAGAGCAUCCAGCUGUCAGCCCACCUUCAGCUGAAAACAAUGAAAGUCCAUCUUCAAGCCUUUGACUUUGAAGAUGACCACUUUGGAAAUGUGGAUGAGUGCUCGACUGACUACACAAUUGUGCUUCCUGUGAUUGGGGCCAUCGUGGUUGGUCUCUGCCUUGUGGGUAUGGGUGUCUAUAGAAUCCGCCUAAGGUGUCAAUCAUCUGGAUACCAGAGAAUCUAACUGGCACCGAGGGGAAAUAAGAAUAAUGGAGUUUAGAGAAUUCUUUCGUCGCUUCUGGGAUGGAUAUUGGGAGCUUCUCUUAAAGUCCUUCGAACAAUGUAAACCACCAUUUUCCACUAAAAACUAAGCGAGUCAUUUGCGAUUUAAGCUCAGGCAGCACAUCAAUCUCUAAAUACUUUUUGCUCACUUUAUGAAAGAUUUAGUAAGCUGUUUAUGUUUUCUAGUUUCCUCCAGAAUAGUUUAACCACUCAAAGUCAACAUGUGAGAUACCUUAAAUUAACAAAAUGUAUGUAAAGUGGCAUUUGCCUCUGAAUGAU